AUGGAGGAAACACGCAACAAGACGGCCUCGAGACGCUUGACCAAGAGGGAGCGUCUCCCCCCGCCAGUUGCCUACCUCAACAACAAGGCAAAGUCCAACACGCUCAAGCGUGCCCCCUCGGCUGCUUCCUACUUCACGCCCAAUCAAGGCCUCGCUCUCCAGUCCGCCGCCGCCGCCUCGUCGCUUUCUGCCGACACCCAAACCCCGGGCUCCUCACUUCGUCGCUCGCCCUCACUUACGCCCGUCCACGAACACCACCGCGCCGCCGCGAAUGUAAAUUACCCGUCCUCCCAGGCCCCGGUGCCCUCGAUUGCCCACCUUCCGCCGGCCUCGGUCGGGGAGCCCUUCAACCACGCCAUCGUCGAGGAAGCCCUCUACGCCUCCUCCUCCUCCCACCACCUUAGCCUCCACCACCACGACCAAGACCCACGUCGACCUGCCGGCCCCCAGCAUUCCCUCACCGCAGACCCGCCCUCUCGCUUCAGGUCCUCGCCCAAGCUGCGCCAGUCGGCCUCGUUCAACACCCUCGCGCGCAAGAUGGAUACCCCGCCAUCGGGCUCCAAGAGCCCGCGCAAUCGAUACAGCGACGAUGGCGACACGGCCAAGAAGCGCAGGUCCGACGGCGGCAAGAAGAAGGGCACUUUUUCCACGUUUGUGAGCAGCAUGCUGGGUUCGCCGCGCCGCCCUACCAUCUCCACGCCCACCAAUCCCAUGCAUGUUACCCACGUCAGCAUCGACAACGAGACGGGCGAGUUCACGGGUCUUCCCAAGGAAUGGCAACGUAUGUUGCAGCAAAAUGGAAUCACAGAGCUGGAGCAGAAGCAGCAUCCACAGGCGGCCGUGGAUGUCGUCAACUUCUACAAGGACAACGCAGAAAAAAACGAAGAGGACGCCAUCUGGGACAAAAUGGGCCCGGCAAAUCCACAAGGCUAUGCCUACCAAGCAAACAUCGCGCCCGCCUAUGGCUCGGUGCAGCCCCUCUUGAGUCCACCCCAGAGCCCGCGCUUCCCACGGAACGACCACGACAGCUUCGAAAACCCCCGCGCCCCGCCUCCAAUCCCGCGCAGUGUUACCUCGCCCGUUCCCAAUUCACCUCAAUUGAAUGGCGCUCUCGUUCCGAAUCGACCAGCGCCUAGGCCACCGGGCGCUGCCUCCACCUCGACCAACACCAUCCCCACACGAGCUGCACCCCCAACGCCCAGUCCCAUAGUCACACAGCAACAACAACAACAAUCGACCCCGCGUCAGGAGAAUGACUUCCCGCAGGUUGCCUAUGCGCCUCCUACCAUCACCGACAGCCCUACUGGAAUUUCCUCGGCGCCCCGCAGUCGUGCCAACACGACUGGAGGCACACCGCCACGCUUCGAUUCCCCCGCUAGUGCGUCCGCGAUAUCGCCCGCCCAGCAGUACCAACAGCAACAGCAACAAGCCAUGGCAGCGGCACAGCAGCCCAAGGCUCCCCUGGGCCGGAGUGUCAGUCAAAGGGCACCGCAACCGGCACAUCACGCACCAGCACCCGCUGCGGUUCCAGUACCAUCAACCCAGCAGCAAUUCGCGCAACAAAUAGAUCCUCAAAACAUUCCCUUGCCUUCGCAGCAGGCUCGCGUCGGUCCGGCACCCCGGCCGCGGCAGCGGCCUCGUCAAAGCCAAGGACCGGAUAUUGUUGCCAAGCUCAACGCUAUCUGCACCAAUGCCGACCCAACCCUUAGGUACCGCAACCUGAACAAGAUCGGCCAAGGUGCCUCGGGUGGUGUCUUCACAGCCUAUGAGGUUGGCACGAAUAAAUGCGUGGCUAUCAAGCAGAUGAAUCUUGAGCAGCAACCGAAGAAGGAUCUGAUCAUCAACGAAAUUCUCGUCAUGAAGGAUAGCAAACAUAAGAACAUUGUCAACUUCAUGGACAGCUUCCUCGUAAGGGGAGAUUUGUGGGUCGUUAUGGAGUACAUGGAAGGCGGAAGCUUGACAGACGUGGUGACUUUCAACAUCAUGUCAGAGGGACAGAUAGCCGCCGUGUGUAGAGAAACUCUCCACGGUCUGCAGCAUCUGCACUCAAAGGGCGUUAUUCACCGAGACAUCAAAUCCGACAACAUCUUGCUUUCUCUGGAAGGCAAUAUUAAGCUAACCGAUUUUGGGUUUUGCGCACAGAUCAACGAGAAUCACAACAAGCGGACGACCAUGGUCGGCACCCCAUACUGGAUGGCCCCGGAGGUUGUGACUCGGAAAGAAUAUGGCCGAAAGGUGGACAUUUGGUCACUGGGCAUCAUGGCCAUCGAGAUGAUUGAGGGAGAACCGCCCUAUCUGAAUGAGAGCCCUCUGCGUGCACUUUGGCUGAUUGCGACGAACGGAACGCCCACGAUCAAGGAGGAGCACGCUUUGUCGCCCGUAUUCCGCGAUUUCCUGGGCUUCUCGCUCAAAGUUGAUCCGGAUAAGCGAGCGAGUGCUCAUGAUCUCUUGGUGCAUCCGUUCAUCCAAACCGCCGAGCCGCUGAAUACACUGGCACCGCUGGUGCUAUCAGCGAGGAAAGCGAGAGCCGAAGAAAGACGCAAAAAGGGCGGUAUGUAA